AAUGGCGUUUUCGCAGGUCGCACCGCCGGCGGGUGGGCGGCGCUUGGUUGUGACGUCACCGAGGCGCGACCGGCCGGCAGCUCGGAGGCCGGCGCUUUCAUAACACGAGCCGGCGCGCCGGACGCGACCAGCAGAGCGGACGCGCCGCCGAUCCGCCCGCGAGAGGAGGGAUCUCUGUGGCAAGUGUGAACGGUGGUGGACGGCGUCGACGCGCAGCGAGUGCCGCCGUGUUGGUGCGAGUGUCCGUGCGACAACAUGGGAGGGAAGCGGGUGCUCCGCAGCGGUAAGUGGGUGAAGGAGGAGAAGAAAGUCUCCGAAGAGAAAAAGGUGGAGAAAUUCGAGGUGCAGGAGAAAACCACCUCGAAAGUCUCCGGCAAAUAUGUGAAAUCCGUCACCGGCAAGGAAGCCAGAGCCGUGAAGGGCACGGAGAAGAAGGCCAUCAAGGGAAAGGAAAGUAAGGAUGCACCAAAGCGGAAGGAAUCCGCGGGUGCCACGAACGUUGAAGGCGCCGGUGCCGGUCCGCUGGUGUCGACGACAGAUACCUCCAACGUCGACGAGUUAAGGGCCUCGUCGGCGCAGGAGGUCAGUACGUCGCAUCGGGCCGCUUCGGAAGUCCAAACGUCGUCGCAAGUCCUGGAGGCCUCGUCUGUUAGCUCGACGCAGCUAUCUCAGGAGGCUGUGUCCUCCUCGCAGGUGAUGGAACAGUCUUCUUCCUCGUCCCAGGUGAUGGAACAGUCCUCCUCCUCAUCCCAGGUGAUGGAGUCAGUGUCCUCAGCCCAGACGAUGGAACAGUCCAUGUCCUCAUCGCAGAUGUUGGAGCAGUCUGUGUCAUCAUCAAAGGCUCUUCAACAGUCCUCGUCCCAGCAGGUGAUGGAGAAGGCCCUGUCGAGCUCGCAGCAAAUGACGGAACAGUCUGCCUCCUCCCAGAAAAUCAUGGAGCAAUCGUCACAACAGUCGCUGGCACAAUCCAUGUCUACAAGCCAGCACGUCAUGGAGAGUUCCCUGUCAUCAAAAGAGCACCGAAUGGAGCAGUCCUCCUCCCAGCUGGCGGAGUCCCAGCGGCUGGAGCAGUCCUCCAGCCAGGUAGUGGAUGCGUCCAGCAGCGUGCAGCAGUCGUCGCGCUCGACAUCGGCCAGCGUCCAGCAGUCGUCCUCCACCAGCAGUGUGCAACGUGACAUCCAGCAGUCGCUGACGCACGUCAGCGAGCACAUCCAGCAGGAGCUGGAUGCGACGCGCCAGCAAGGCUCGACGGACGGCGCGCUGGUCCAGGUGACCGAGCGGGCCCGACACGUGCAGGAUAAGGGUGCCAAGAAGCCGACCGGGAAGGGCGGCCGACUGGGCCGGCCGAGCACGGCCGAGGGAGGCGGCAAGAACGCUAAGUGUAUCUGCGAAAUCUGCGAGUGCGGCCGCCACCGAUGCCCGCACACAAUCGGCAACACCCACACGUCCCACGUGCAGGAAUGUCUGGAAACCAGCAGUUCCAGCUCCGUCCACCAGGCGGCGCAGUUCACCACCACUGCCAGGGAGGCGUACACAGCCAAGACGGCCGAGAUGACCUCCCGCGAACAGCUGAUUAGGACGGCGGCCGAGGACCACCUGCGGCUGGAGGGCGACUUCGAGGGCCGCUCACUGGCGCAUGAGGCGUACCCGGGUCACCAGGGGGCAACGGAGCGGUCUGGCCGGCCGGGCGACAACCUGCAGCUGCGCAGCUCCACUGAUGUUUCUAGCUUUGAGAGCACGCAGAAGUCUUCGGAGUUCGUAUCUCAACAACAUAUGGAGACAAGAGAGUCGGCCUCACACUCGCAGUACCAGGCGGUGACGAGCGGCGAGAGAGCCGAGCUUGUUCGGCACCAGGACAAUCUCCGGAUGGAGGGACAGUUCCAAGACUACCGCAGGGAGGCGGUCACGGUCGGCGAGCGAGCCGACGUCGUCCGCCGGGGCGACAACCUCCGGCUGGAGGGCGACUUCGUGGACACGCGCGAGCGCGGCGCGCCCGGCCGCGGCGACCGCGCGGACGUGGUGCGCCAUCCGGACCACCUGCGCCAGGAGGGGGACUUCGCCGGUCAGUCGGUGACCGGCAGCACGUUCUGCGCCGUGCACGGUCAGCGGACGGUGGCCAUGCGCCAGCAAGACCACCUGUAUCUGGAGGGACAGCAGAUCGUCUCGGCCAGCUCUCAGCACGCCGACUACGGCCAGCCGGGGCCGGCGCAGCGACCCGAGCGCGCGCUGCACCCCGACAACCUGCGGCCGGAGGGCGAGUUCGCCGACCGGCCGUCGCGCGCGGCGCCGCGCGGCGAGCGGGCACCUAUCGUGCAGCACCCCGACGAGCUGCACCUGACUGGAGACUUCGUGGACACUCGCGAUCGGCAGGGCGUUACCAGAGGAGAGCGGGCCGACAUAGUUCGUCGUGAAGACAACCUCCGAAUGGACGGAAAGUUCGAAGACACCCGUGAAAGAACCACUGUGGUUCGCGGCGAACGGGCCGACAUAGUUCGUCGAGAGGACAAUCUCCGAAUGGACGGAAAGUUUGAGGACACCCGUGAAAGGACCACCGUGGUUCACGGAGAGAGAGCUGAGGUAGUUCGUCGUGAAGACAACCUCCGAAUGGACGGAAAGUUUGAGGACACCCGCGAAAGGACUACCGUAGUUCGCGGAGACAGAGCUGACAUAGUUCGUCGUGAAGAUAACCUCCGAAUGGACGGAAAGUUUGAGGACACCCGUGAAAGGACCACCGUGGUUCGCGGAGAGAGGGCUGAGGUAGUUCGCCGUGAGGACAACCUCCGAAUGGACGGAAAGUUUGAGGACACCCGCGAAAGGACCACCGUGGUUCGCGGAGAAAGAGCUGAGGUAGUUCGUCGUGAAGACAACCUCCGAAUGGACGGAAAGUUUGAGGACACCCGCGAGAGGACCACCGUGGUUCACGGCGAAAGGGCUGAGGUAGUCCGUCGAGAGGACAACCUUCGAAUGGACGGAAAGUUUGAAGACAGGCCUCGUGGAACAGCCCCUAAAGGCGAAAGGGCCCCGAUUGUCAAGCAUCCUGAUCAUCUCCGUCCCGAGGGUGAUUUCACAGACAGGCCGCGAGAAGGAGCGCCCGCUGGCGAGCGGGCAUCAGUGGUUCGGCAUCCGGAUCAGCUGAGGUUGGAAGGUCCAUUUGAAGGACGCCCACGCGGAGAAGCGCCACACGGAGAGCGGGCGCCGAGAGUGGACCAUCCAGACCACCUGAGACCGGAAGGGGACUUCACCGGCAGACCGCGAGACGAGGCUCCGAGGGGGGAGCGGGCACCGAUAGUCAGAUACCCAGACCACCUCAAGAUGGAGGGUGACUUCACCGACGACAGGGAGGAUUACGUUCCAGGGAGAGGUCAGAGAGCGCCGAUCGUCCAGCAUCCGGACCAUCUGCGAAUGGAAGGAGAGUUCACUGACGGUCGUGACCGGCACUCGCCUGGCAGGGGGCAACGCGCACCCAUUGUAAAGCACCCGGACCAUUUGAAGAUGGAGGGCGAGUUCACUGAUGGCCGGGACAGACACAAGCCGGGGCCAGGACAGCGUGCGCCCAUUGUAAAGCACCCGGAUCACCUGAAGAUGGAGGGCGACUUCUACGCCCCUCCUGACGAGCAGGUGCCGAAGGGAGUGCGCGCACCUGUCGUCAAACAUCCUGACCAUCUGAAGAUGGAGGGCGACUUUUACGCCCCUCCUGACGAAGAGGUGCCGAAGGGAGUGCGAGCACCUGUCGUCAAACAUCCUGACCAUCUGAAGAUGGAAGGAGACUUUGUUGACGGCAGAGAUCGCCACACUCCCGGGCCGGGACAGCGAGCGGACAUUGUGAAACAUCCAGACCACUUGCGGCCCCAGGGCGAGUUCACGAAAAAGCCACAUGAGGAGGCCCCGCAUGGCGAACGGGCCCCCGUGGUCAGGCGGCCAGACAACCUGCGCCCCGAAGGUGAGUUCACCGGAAAACCGCGUGAGGAAGCCCCAAGAGGUGAACGCGCCGCGGUUGUUAAGCAUGCUGACAAUCUAAAGAUGGACGGCAGGUUCAUUGAUGAGCGUGAUAAGACCGUCAUCAUGCGAGGUGAGCGCUCUGAGAUUGUCCGACGCGAAGACAACCUAAGAAUGGAGGGGAAGUUUGAGGACACCAGAGAAAUGACUUCAGUCACUCGUGGGGAAAGGGCGGAGAUCGUGCGCCGGGAGGACAACCUUCGCAUGGAGGGGCAGUUUGAGGACAGACCCAAAGGUCAGGCGCCUCGCGGUGAGCGAGCACCCAGAGUCCAGCACCCGGAUAACCUGCGUCCGGAAGGUGAAUUCACUGGAAAGCCGCGAGAGGACGCUCCAAGGGGCGAGCGAGCACCUGUUGUACGACGAGGAGACAACCUGACGAUGGAGGGGGAGUUCGUUGAUACCCGGGAGAAAACUAUGGUGACGCGAGGCGAGAGAGCGGACAUUGUACGUCGAGAGGACAACCUUAGGACUGAGGGUCGUUUUGAGGACACCAGAGAAGUAACAAUGGUCACACGCGGCGAGCGUGCAGACAUCGUGCGCAGAGAGGACAACCUUCGUAUGGAAGGUACCUUUGAGGAUCGUCCUCGUGGCGAAGCACCCAGGGGAGAAAAAGUGAGACCAAUACGGCACGGGGACAAUCUGCGACCCGAGGGAGACUUUACAGGAAGACCGCAUGAAGAAGCCCCGCGUGGUGAACGUGCCCCACGGGUAGCACAUCCGGAUCACCUUACCAUGGAGGGUGACUUCGUGGACACCCGUGAUAGGCACACUCCUGGACGCGGUGAGAGAGCACCCGUGGUCAGGCGACCAGACAAUUUGCGCCCGGAGGGAGAGUUCUCCGGUAAGCCAGUGGAGGAAGCACCCAGAGGUGAGCGUGCCCCUGUCGUUAGAAGACCUGACAAUCUCAAACCUGAAGGUGACUUUGAGGGUCGUCCUCGAGGGGAAGCUCCCAGGGGAGAGAAAGCGACCCCUUACAAAUACAGAGACAACCUAAAGCCGGAGGGAGAUUUCACUGGCAAACCAACUGAAGAAGCACCAAGGGGAGAAAGGGCUCCUGUUGUGAAACACCCGGACCAUCUGAAGAUGGAAGGAAAGUUUGAUGAUCGCCCUCGAGAAGAGGCGCCACGUGGUGAGAAGGCAACACCUUACAAAUACCGGGAUAACCUCAGACCGGAGGGAGAUUUCACCGGAAAGCCGGUUGAAGAGGCACCACGAGGGGAGCGUGCUCCUGUCGUAAAGAGACCUGAUAACCUCAGACCCGAAGGCGAUUUCGAAGGUCGUCCUCGUGAAGAGGCACCUCGCGGUGAAAAGGCUACGCCCUACAAGUACAGAGAUAACCUGAAACCUGAAGGUGAAUUCACUGGGAAACCGACCGAAGAGGCGCCUAAAGGUGAAAGAGCUCCCGUUGUUCGGCGAGCUGACAAUCUCACCAUGGAAGGUGAGUUUGUGGACACCAGAGAGAGAACAACGGUGCAUCGUGGCGAGAGAGCAGAUAUUGUUCGUCGGGAGGACAAUCUUAGGACUGAGGGCCGUUUUGAGGACACCAGAGAGCUGACCACCGUGACUCGAGGUGAGCGUGCGGAUAUCGUGCGGAGAGAAGACAACCUCCGCAUGGAAGGCACGUUCGAAGAUCGGCCUCGUGGUGAGGCACCGAAGGGGGAGAAAGUUCGUCCCAUUCGCCAUGGAGACAACCUUCGUCCGGAGGGAGAUUUCACGGACAGGCCACGGGACGAGGCCCCACGAGGAGAACGGGCGCCGGUGGUGAAGCACCCGGAUCAUCUCACCAUGGAAGGAGACUUCGUUGACACGAGGGAGCACCGCAGCCCAGGCAAAGGCGAGCGUGCUCCAGUUGUGCGACGUCCCGACAACCUCCGACCGGAGGGUGACUUCACGGACCGACCGCAUGACAAGGCCCCGACCGGAGAGCGGGCCCCGGUGGUCAGAAGGCCCGACAACCUCGUCAUGGAGGGCGAGUUUGUCGACACUCGCGAAACCGUAACCCCCGUUCGCGGCGAGCGAGCUCCCGUCGUCCGGCGUCCAGACAACCUCCGUCCGGAAGGAGAGUUCACGCCGAAACGCCAGGAGGAUGCGCCCAAAGGAGAGAGAGCUCCUGUCGUCAGACGACCUGACAACCUCAGACCGGAGGGUGACUUUGAAGACCGGCCUCGCGGAGAAGCUCCCAGAGGCGAGAAAGCGACUCCGUAUAAGUACAGGGACAAUCUGAAGCCAGAAGGAGAUUUCACUGGUAAACCAACAGAGGAGGCCCCUAGGGGCGAGCGGGCCCCUGUUGUCAAGAGACCUGAUAAUCUUAGACCUGAGGGUGAGUUUGAGGGCCGUCCUCGUGAAGAAGCCCCCAGGGGUGAGAAAGCGACUCCCUACAAGUACAGGGACAAUCUGAAGCCAGAAGGAGACUUCAUUGGUAAACCAACAGAGGAGGCCCCCAGGGGCGAGCGGGCCCCUGUUGUUAAGAGACCUGAUAAUCUCAGACCUGAGGGUGAAUUUGAAGGCCGUCCUCGUGAAGAAGCUCCCAGGGGUGAGAAAGCGACUCCCUACAAAUACAGGGACAAUCUGAAGCCAGAAGGAGAUUUCACUGGUAAACCAACAGAGGAGGCCCCUAGGGGCGAGCGAGCCCCUGUUGUUAAGAGACCUGAUAAUCUCAGACCUGAGGGUGAGUUUGAAGGCCGUCCUCGUGAAGAAGCCCCCAGGGGUGAGAAAGCGACUCCUUACAAGUACAGGGACAAUCUGAAGCCAGAAGGAGAUUUCACUGGUAAACCAACAGAGGAGGCCCCUAGGGGUGAGCGGGCCCCUGUUGUUAAGAGGCCUGAUAAUCUCAGACCUGAGGGUGAGUUUGAAGGUCGUCCUCGUGAAGAAGCACCCAGAGGCGAGAAAGCGACUCCUUACAAGUACAGGGACAAUCUGAAGCCAGAAGGAGAGUUUACUGGAAAACCAACAGAGGAAGCACCUAGGGGUGAGCGGGCCCCUGUUGUUAAGAGACCUGAUAAUCUCAGACCUGAGGGUGAGUUCGAAGGUCGUCCUCGGGAAGAGGCGCCUAGAGGCGAAAAGGCGACUCCCUACAAGUACAGGGACAAUCUGAAGCCUGAAGGAGAUUUCACUGGCAAACCAACCGAAGAAGCACCAAGGGGAGAAAGGGCUCCUGUUGUGAAACAUCCUGAUCAUCUGAAGAUGGAAGGUAAGUUUGAUGAUCGUCCUCGAGAAGAGGCGCCACGUGGUGAGAAGGCAACACCUUACAAGUACCGGGAUAACCUCAGACCGGAGGGAGAUUUCACCGGAAAGCCGGUUGAAGAGGCACCACGAGGGGAGCGUGCUCCUGUCGUAAAGAGACCUGAUAACCUCAGACCCGAAGGCGAUUUCGAAGGUCGUCCUCGUGAAGAGGCACCUCGCGGUGAAAAGGCUACGCCCUACAAGUACAGAGAUAACCUGAAACCUGAAGGUGAAUUCACUGGGAAACCGACCGAAGAGGCGCCUAAAGGUGAAAGAGCUCCCGUUGUUCGGCGAGCUGACAAUCUCACCAUGGAAGGUGAGUUUGUAGACACCAGAGAGAGAACAACAGUACAUCGCGGCGAGAGAGCGGACAUUGUUCGUCGGGAGGACAACCUUAGGACUGAGGGCCGUUUUGAGGACACCAGAGAGCUGACCACCGUGACUCGAGGUGAGCGUGCGGAUAUCGUGCGGAGAGAAGACAACCUCCGCAUGGAAGGCACGUUCGAAGAUCGGCCUCGUGGUGAGGCACCGAAGGGGGAGAAAGUUCGUCCCAUUCGCCAUGGAGACAACCUUCGUCCGGAGGGAGAUUUCACGGACAGGCCACGCGGCGAGGCCCCACGAGGAGAACGGGCGCCGGUGGUGAAGCACCCGGAUCAUCUCACCAUGGAAGGAGACUUCGUUGACACGAGGGAGCAUCGCACCCCAGGCAAAGGCGAGCGUGCUCCAGUUGUGCGGCGUCCCGACAACCUCCGACCGGAGGGUGACUUCACGGACCGACCGCAUGACAAGGCCCCGACAGGAGAGCGGGCUCCGGUCGUCAGGAGGCCCGACAACCUCGUCAUGGAGGGCGAAUUUGUUGAUACUCGCGAAACUGUAACACCCGUGCGCGGCGAGAGAGCGCCAGUUGUUCGGCGACCCGACAACCUCCGUCCGGAAGGAGAGUUCACACCAAAACGCCAGGAGGACGCGCCCAAAGGAGAGAGAGCUCCUGUCGUCAGACGACCUGACAACCUCAGACCGGAGGGUGACUUUGAAGACCGGCCUCGCGGAGAAGCUCCCAGAGGCGAGAAAGCGACUCCGUAUAAGUACAGGGACAAUUUGAAGCCAGAAGGAGAGUUUACUGGUAAACCAACAGAGGAAGCACCUAGGGGUGAGCGGGCCCCUGUUGUAAAGAGGCCUGAUAAUCUCAGACCUGAGGGUGAGUUUGAGGGCCGUCCUCGUGAAGAAGCUCCCAGAGGCGAGAAAGCGACUCCCUAUAAAUACAGGGACAAUCUGAAGCCAGAAGGAGAGUUUACUGGUAAACCAACAGAGGAAGCACCUAGGGGUGAGCGGGCCCCUGUUGUGAAAAGGCCUGAUAAUCUCAGACCUGAGGGUGAGUUUGAAGACCGUCCUCGUGAAGAAGCUCCCAGAGGCGAGAAAGCGACUCCCUACAAGUACAGGGACAACCUGAAGCCAGAAGGAGAGUUUACUGGAAAACCAACAGAGGAGGCGCCUAGGGGUGAGCGGGCGCCUGUUGUUAAGAGACCUGAUAAUCUCAGACCUGAGGGUGAGUUUGAGGGCCGUCCCCGCGAAGAAGCCCCCAGAGGCGAGAAAGCGACUCCCUACAAGUACAGGGACAAUCUGAAGCCAGAAGGAGAUUUCACUGGUAAACCAACGGAAGAAGCACCUAGGGGUGAGCGGGCCCCUGUUGUGAAGAGGCCCGACAACCUCAGACCAGAGGGUGAGUUUGAGGGCCGUCCCCGCGAAGAAGCUCCCAGAGGCGAGAAAGCGACUCCCUACAAGUACAGGGACAAUCUGAAGCCAGAAGGAGAUUUCACUGGUAAACCAACAGAAGAAGCACCUAGGGGUGAGCGGGCCCCUGUUGUGAAGAGGCCCGACAACCUCAGACCAGAGGGUGAGUUUGAAGGGCGUCCUCGAGAAGAGGCACCAAGAGGCGAAAAGGCGACUCCGUAUAAGUACAGGGACAAUUUGAAGCCAGAAGGAGAGUUUACUGGUAAACCAACAGAGGAAGCACCUAGGGGUGAGCGGGCCCCUGUUGUAAAGAGGCCUGAUAAUCUCAGACCUGAGGGUGAGUUUGAGGGCCGUCCUCGUGAAGAAGCUCCCAGAGGCGAGAAAGCGACUCCCUAUAAAUACAGGGACAAUCUGAAGCCAGAAGGAGAGUUUACUGGUAAACCAACAGAGGAAGCACCUAGGGGUGAGCGGGCCCCUGUUGUGAAAAGGCCUGAUAAUCUCAGACCUGAGGGUGAGUUUGAAGACCGUCCUCGUGAAGAAGCUCCCAGAGGCGAGAAAGCGACUCCCUACAAGUACAGGGACAACCUGAAGCCAGAAGGAGAGUUUACUGGAAAACCAACAGAGGAGGCGCCUAGGGGUGAGCGGGCGCCUGUUGUUAAGAGACCUGAUAAUCUCAGACCUGAGGGUGAGUUUGAGGGCCGUCCCCGCGAAGAAGCCCCCAGAGGCGAGAAAGCGACUCCCUACAAGUACAGGGACAAUCUGAAGCCAGAAGGAGAUUUCACAGGUAAACCAACGGAAGAAGCACCUAGGGGUGAGCGGGCCCCUGUUGUGAAGAGGCCCGACAACCUCAGACCAGAGGGUGAGUUUGAAGGGCGUCCUCGAGAAGAGGCACCAAGAGGCGAAAGGGCGACUCCCUACAAGUACAGGGACAAUCUGAAGCCAGAAGGAGAUUUCACUGGUAAACCAACCGAAGAAGCACCUAGGGGUGAGCGGGCCCCUGUUGUGAAGAGGCCCGACAACCUCAGACCAGAGGGUGAGUUUGAAGGGCGUCCUCGAGAAGAGGCACCAAGAGGCGAAAAGGCGACUCCUUACAAAUAUCGGGACAACCUCAAGCCGGAAGGGGAAUUCACUGGAAAACCAACCGAAGAAGCUCCUAAAGGUGAAAGAGCUCCCGUUGUCAAACACGCUGACAACCUUCGCAUGGAAGGCGACUUCGAGGGACGUCCUCGCGAUGAGGUGCCGAGGGGAGAAAAAGCUCGGCCGAUUCGCCGUGGGGAUAACCUCCGACCGGAGGGCGACUUCGCGGAUAGGCCACGUGACGAGGCCCCACGGGGAGAACGGGCGCCCGUGGUGAAGCACCCGGACCACCUCACUAUUGAAGGGGACUUUGUGGAUACCAGAGAACACCGCACCCCGGGCAAAGGCGAGCGUGCUCCAGUUGUGCGACGUCCCGACAACCUCCGACCGGAAGGUGACUUCACGGACCGACCGCAUGACAAGGCCCCGACAGGAGAGCGGGCUCCGGUCGUCAGGAGGCCCGACAACCUCGUCAUGGAGGGCGAGUUUAUUGAUACUCGCGAAACCGUAACCCCCGUUCGCGGCGAGCGAGCUCCCGUCGUCCGGCGUCCAGACAACCUCCGUCCGGAAGGAGAGUUCACGCCGAAACUUCAGGAGGAUGCGCCCAAAGGAGAGAGAGCUCCUGUCGUCAAAAGACCCGAUAACCUCAGACCUGAGGGCGACUUUGAAGACCGGCCUCGUGAAGAAGCCCCCAGGGGUGAGAAAGCGACUCCUUACAAGUACAGGGACAAUCUGAAGCCAGAAGGAGAUUUCACAGGUAAACCAACAGAGGAAGCGCCAAGGGGUGAGCGGGCCCCUGUUGUGAAGAGACCUGAUAAUCUCCGGCCUGAGGGUGAGUUUGAAGGCCGUCCUCGUGAAGAAGCCCCCAGGGGCGAGAAAGCGACUCCCUACAAGUACAGGGACAAUCUGAAGCCAGAAGGAGAUUUCACUGGUAAACCAACAGAGGAAGCGCCAAGGGGUGAGCGGGCCCCUGUUGUGAAGAGACCUGAUAAUCUCAGACCUGAGGGUGAGUUUGAAGGCCGUCCUCGUGAAGAAGCCCCCAGGGGUGAGAAAGCAACUCCUUACAAGUACAGAGACAAUCUGAAGCCAGAAGGAGAGUUCACUGGCAAACCAACAGAGGAAGCACCAAGGGGUGAAAGAGCUCCUGUUGUGAAGAGACCUGAUAAUCUCAGACCUGAGGGUGAGUUUGAAGGCCGUCCUCGUGAAGAAGCUCCCAGAGGCGAAAAAGCUACUCCCUACAAGUACAGGGACAAUCUGAAGCCAGAGGGAGAUUUCACUGGUAAACCAACAGAAGAAGCACCUAGGGGUGAGCGGGCCCCUGUCGUGAAGAGACCUGAUAAUCUCAGACCUGAGGGUGAGUUUGAAGGCCGUCCUCGUGAAGAGGCCCCCAGGGGUGAGAAAGCGACUCCUUACAAGUACAGGGACAAUCUGAAGCCAGAAGGAGAGUUCACUGGCAAACCAACAGAGGAAGCACCAAGGGGUGAGCGGGCCCCUGUUGUUAAGAGACCUGAUAAUCUCAGACCUGAGGGUGAGUUUGAAGGUCGUCCUCGGGAAGAGGCACCUAGAGGUGAAAAGGCGACUCCCUACAAGUACAGGGACAAUCUGAAGCCUGAAGGAGAUUUCACUGGCAAACCAACUGAAGAAGCACCAAGGGGAGAAAGGGCUCCUGUUGUGAAACACCCGGACCAUCUGAAGAUGGAAGGAAAGUUUGAUGAUCGCCCUCGAGAAGAGGCGCCACGUGGUGAGAAGGCAACACCUUACAAAUACCGGGAUAACCUCAGACCGGAGGGAGAUUUCACCGGAAAGCCGGUUGAAGAGGCACCACGAGGGGAGCGUGCUCCUGUCGUAAAGAGACCUGAUAACCUCAGACCCGAAGGCGAUUUCGAAGGUCGUCCUCGUGAAGAGGCACCUCGCGGUGAAAAGGCUACGCCCUACAAGUACAGAGAUAACCUGAAACCUGAAGGUGAAUUCACUGGGAAACCGACCGAAGAGGCGCCUAAAGGUGAAAGAGCUCCCGUUGUUCGGCGAGCUGACAAUCUCACCAUGGAAGGUGAGUUUGUGGACACCAGAGAGAGAACAACGGUGCAUCGUGGCGAGAGAGCAGAUAUUGUUCGUCGGGAGGACAAUCUUAGGACUGAGGGCCGUUUUGAGGACACCAGAGAGCUGACCACCGUGACUCGAGGUGAGCGUGCGGAUAUCGUGCGGAGAGAAGACAACCUCCGCAUGGAAGGCACGUUCGAAGAUCGGCCUCGUGGUGAGGCACCGAAGGGGGAGAAAGUUCGUCCCAUUCGCCAUGGAGACAACCUUCGUCCGGAGGGAGAUUUCACGGACAGGCCACGGGACGAGGCCCCACGAGGAGAACGGGCGCCGGUGGUGAAACACCCGGAUCAUCUCACCAUGGAAGGAGACUUCGUUGGUAAGCCCGGCCUGUCGAUGAUAAGACUCAGCCUCUCACUUUUGGUGUCGGUUCCGAUGUCUUUUGAUCUUUUAUCUUUUCCGUUUGCUCUAAGCUGAUGUAAUAUGCAACAUUUUUCGUUGCGUGUUUAACUGCUAUGACAUAAGGGAAACGUCAAGUAAACCACUGGCGUAUAAUGAUUCAGAUCUUGAUGGGGUUAAAGCCCGUCCACGUAUUCAACAGCCCUGUUUUACUCAUGAAUGAUUUUAUGUGUUGAUCUUGUUGUAAUGUGAUGUAAGCUCCUGUGGUUCUUGUCGACAUUCCUGCUUUUGUUGGCUUUCACAUGGCCAGCUGAAUUAAGUACUCAAAGUUAUUCAGUCUGGAGGUAAUUUGCCAUUAGUUUGUGUGAGUUUAUAAUGCAAUUUAAGAUCAAAAUUGCGUGCAAAAAUUCAGGCUUGCAUUGAUAUUGUUUUAAAGAAAAUAUUCAAAGGUUCUGUGCUUACGCCAGCUUGGAAUACAGAAUGCGAGUACCUGUCUGGUGUUCUGUGUGCCUCCGGGCAUCGACAAAUGUUGGCUCGUUUUUUAUACAGCAGUCAUUCACGUCUUGGCUCCAGUAUGGAUAUUACGUAACAAACAAUACCUUUUAACCCCAUCGUUUCAAAUUAAUCUAUAAUUUGUGGUGGUAAUUAAGAGAAUGACAUCAACAUUUCCGGAAGACGGUGAGCGUCACGAAAUUCAUGGCGUGAUCGAAAAUAAGGUUUCAGAGAAAGUAUAUCAUCUGUUUAGAUUUGUGUUUUCUGAGUGGCUUAAUUGUUACUUUGCUCCUUACA